CCAAUUAUCAACAACUUCAUAGGUAGCCAAGCCACAAGCGCAAGAUCGACUGGUACUGCUGCUAGAUUCUGACUCUACACCUACAGGCUACAGGAGAGAGAGGGGAGGACACUCCAAAUUCAAAUUGGCCAAAAAUUUGAACGUUGGAGGAAGACCGUUGGUUUCCGCACGUGGGCCCUACGAAAAAAGACCACAGGGCUGAAAAGGCAAUGGAUUUUGAUUUUAAAAUUUGGAGCCGAAGUCCCAAGUCCGGGAGAUGGUUAUUGGCGUUUUUUAAGGAGACCCCACUUGUCACUCGGCUUUUGCACUCCGAAGUCUCAUCUCUAUCUCUAGUUUCUAUAUGCGGCCUGCGGGGGGGGCCAGCAGCAGGCCAACUUUUCCACGACACUUUUCGUUUUGAAUUUCAAAUUCGAAAUCAACGAGGACGACGACCACCAUAACGAUGUAAUCAUAAAAUCGAUAAUUGAUUCAUAAACCAGAGGAUAAAGGGUUUUCAAGUUUGGAUUUUUCGUAGGUCUCACGACAUCAAAUUAACCACAACCAUGGGAGAAUCGACGUGCCUCAUGCAACCAUUCUCCUAUGUUUCAGGCAUUCCCAAUGAAGCACAUGAGGGGAACCCAAUUCAUGCACUUGGGCAUUCAAUAUCAUUUGGGAGGUUCACGUCAGAGUCGUUAGCUUGGGAAAGAUGGUCCACAUUCUCUCACAACCGCUAUGUAGAAGAGGCAGAGAGAUACUCCCGCCCCGGCUCUGUUGCACAGAAAAAGGCUUUCUUUGAAGCACAUUACAAGAAAGUUGCUGCUCAAAAGGCUGCAGCCUUGCUUGAACAAGCAAAUGCUAAUGCUGCUGCUGCUGCUGUAGCAUCAGACAAUGCCCCGGAACCCAAAUCUGAAAGCCAAGAUCUGAAGACCGUGGUUCCAACCUCUGAAGUGGUCGUCAAUGAACAAGUAGAAAAGGAAGAGGAAAAGGUGGUCGAAGAGCCAACUAAAAAAGAAGAAGCUUUCACUGGUAAUACCAAUGGGUACAAUUCAGACACUGCAAUGGACAAACUUGCAAGCAGCAGGGUGCAAGUUGCUGAUAUCCCUGCAACUCAUGAACCCCAAGUUUUGGUGGAGAAUUCUGCAGAGCCUGAACUUUCAAGCCAAAUGCACAAAGCUGUUAACGACAAGGAGGUAAAUGGUAUGGAGCUCAGUGGCACACCCCAGAGUGAAAAACCUCUGUUAAAGCAGAGCUACAGCUCAAAUCAAGAAGCUUCGACACCCAUAAAAAGGAAGAAAACAAGACUCUUUACUUCCUCGAAAUCAUCAUUAGCGUAUCAUAAAGCACCCAAGGUCCCAUCUUCUCCAGCCAAACCCAUAGUUUCUAGUUGUUCGAGAAAGGAUGAUAUUCUCACCCCAUUGCGAAAGAAGCCGGCAACAGAAUUGGAGGACAAGAAAAGAUCAACUCCCAAAUCACUUCACAAGUCAGUCAGUUUCACACCCAUCAGGGAACUUUCCAGAUUGACUUCAACAGUCAUCAGGAAGAUUGAAAAUUCAAGAGUUGGUGCUAGUUCUUCCAAGACAUCAAAAGAUUGCAUGACUCCUCUAAGAACUCCAACUACGGUAUCUAAGAAUGAGGUGCACAAGCGUUGUACAAAAACCCCAUGUUCCGAAAAGAGAAGGGCAAAAACACCACUUGAUCCCUCAGCAAGUGGAACCAAAACACCUCUGUCUAGAUGGCGCUCACUCCGUACAGAUUGUUCAAAGUUUUUGAGUGCCUGCAGAAACAAGGCGCGGUCCCCAUUUUCAUCUGCCCCUUUCAACUUAAGAACUGAGGAAAGAGCUGCAAGUAGAAAGAAGAAGCUUGAAGAAAAGUUCAAUGCUAAUGAGGCACAAAAGGUGCAGGUACAAAGAAAACUCAAGGAGAAAGAAGGAAUAGAGAUUGGAAAAUUUCGCCAAACCCUUUGCUUCAAGGCCAGGCCACUUCCUGAUUUCUAUAAAGAAAGAAAAGCACAAAAGAGUGAGAUAGACAAGGUUCCAGUGGCUCAUCCUCUGCCACAGAAGCUAGGGAAAAAGUCCACUCCCACUCCAACUCCAAGCGUAGUUGAGGCCUCAACGUCUCUAUCUCCUAGAGGAGCUCCAAUCAAAAGCAGUGGCACCAAGAAUGUCCAGGGAAAGAAUAAGCGAACCCCAACUUGUUCUCUCAUUUCACGAUCCUUAAAGACUACUCGUGAGAAUACAUCUCCAAACAUUCAGCUGGGAUAACCCAAGCUUAAGAAGCCAAGUUUCUGUUGGAGCAGAAUUUAUUGAGAUAUCAGUCCUGCUGAAAGCUUCUAGCAAAUUUUAGUUAGGUUUGAUCGCACCGCAUACCAAAAUUAAUUUGCCGGAGACAUAUAUGCAUAUAGAAUUUGAGCAAAUGUAUGAAGAGUGUAGUUGGUUAGUGGACAAAAAAUUGUACGGUCUUUCCCAUUUUACCUGUACCAAGAAUUGUUCUACGAAGUGUAGAAGUUGUGGAAGGCUGUGGAAUUUCCAUUUGGAAAUAGGUUUCAGCAUCUCAUUAUUUGAGUGUAACCCUAAGUAGUAAAGAAACAAAAAUCUGUUAAGCAA